AUGUCCCUGGAGCUUUUCAAAACCGCGGAGAAAUCAAUUGGCGAUUUUUUCGCGCGUGACGAUGCAUUGUCACGACUAGACCGUUUGCAUUGCCACACGUUGGAAGCAGUUGAGCAUGUGCUUAAGAUUCCGAAACCACAAGAAGUUACGCACAACGUACUUGAGAUGGCAGUGCAAAAAGUAGUGGAAAAGCUAUCGUGGAAGCUCAUGACGGAGUCCCAUGCCACGCCCAGCAGCGUGGGCAUUCCUGCGCUCCUGGAUUUAUGUAUAAUUGGCGUGACCAGCGGUUUCUUAGUGAAUAGCACGCCAUAUAAGAUACUGGAGGAUCUCAUGGAGGGACAAACUAUAAGCACGUGCGAAAAAGUGUGGGUACUUCUUGAAAUUCGCAAGGACAAGCUCACGACGCCGGCUUUUAUCGCUGAAAAAGGCCGCACCACCAAAGCAUCAUUGUGCCUAUUGCGGAUGUGCAACGCAUUACUGCGCCGCCUUUCCAAGACGCACAAUAGUGUCUUUUGCGGCAGGAUCUUAAUGUUCUUGUCGUUCACAUUUGCGCUGUCGGAGCGAUCAGCAGUGAAUCUAACUGGCAAAGCAAAUGUGACCAAUGUGACAGUAUUUGAAGACGAAGAUGCCUUUGACCAGGCUGAGGCGACAGAUGUUAUCAAGGCUUCCGCUCUUAGACUUGAGAUAGACAGUGGUGCCACCGUUGAUGCCAGUCCAAUUGACUACAAUCUCUAUCGCACUUUUUGGGAUUUACAAAGUUUUUUUCGCGAACAUCAAUUAGCCACGCAGUCGGUAGAGAAUUGGGAAAAGCUUUUUACUGAGCUGAAUAUGGUGCUCGCAGCCUUCGAAGGUAACGCAUUCUCGCCAGAUGAUCUGAAGCGCUCAGAAGACGCUAAUAACGGCGUCAACAUAAAGGCCGAUGUGACGUUGCAUGCAUUUGAUGGCGAUGCUGGUAAAAGUCCAAUAGAACCGAUUUCUCAAGAGCAUUUUUUUCAGCCGAAGUAUCUGACAAACAGCCGUCUUUUCCGUCUUCAGUUGCGAGAUCCAAUUCUCCGCGAAUGCAUGUUGACUCAGUUUCUCAUUCUUUUUAGUGAUAUGGCAAGGAUUAAGCCCCCUGCCGACAGUACGACGCCAAAGGCAAAGUUUGCCGACUUGACUGACCGCGUUGUCGCGUUGCUCAAGCAAACACCUUCUGACGGGGAAGGAUAUAGUGAGAUGGUAUCUUACGUCUUAGAACGCGAGCGCAAUUGGGUAAAGUGGAAGCUCGAGAAAUGUCCAGGUUACGAACGAUACCCAGCUGCAAUGGAAAACGAUACUUCUGCUGCUCUAACACCAGAUGUAAAGCGUCCUCGUCGUCAGCUUACAUCCCUGCUUCUAGAGCAGAUUUUGUCAGAAAGCUCGAAACCGUCAAAGAUAUUGGAAAAGAUAAAGGGCAAAGAAAGAGCCACAGAAGUCUCUCUGAAGGUGUAUACGGACCGCUUUAAAGAAGCAUGGGAUCCUGAGAACGGAAUCGAAGAAGAGUAUUGGCCGGAUAAAAAUGAGAUGUUCUGCUGGCGAACGAUGCGCGCUGCGAUGAAGACCAAUGUUAAGCACUUGGACUUGGCAGUCAAGGGUACGGAUGCUCUUGUCAAGGGAAUUCUUGGCUUAAAUCCCAGCGAUAUGAGCAAAGAACCCACAAAUACUCUUACCUCCUCGCCGAAGCUUGGCACUGAACGUGAAAGAAUCGAGAAAAAUGAUGAUCAAAUUGAUCGUGUCGUCCUUGCCAGCCGCAGUGACGACAUUAAGGACAAUGGAGCAGAUUAA